AUGAACCAGCUCAUCUAUGGGAAGGAAAAUGAGAUGGUUUAUGUCUUCAUCCGCAUUAACAGUGCAGGGACAGUCCUGCCCUGCUCCUCUGAACAGCUGGGGACAAAGACGUGGAUGGAUCAAGUUUACAACUGGACCAAGGACACUGGGCAGGAAAUUCAAGAUUCCAAAUAUUGCUCCAUACUGGAGAAUGGAUCCCUAGCCUUCAAGGACUUCGGCCCAGAGCAGUCUGGAAUCUACAAAUGCAGUGUCUCCUAUUCCAAAGAGGGCAAGCGCUACACAAAGCACUUCCAUUUCUUUGUCAGGGCUUAUCACAGGCCAGACAGGAGUGUGGAGAUCCGGUCUGCGUUUUACGCUCCUCUCUGCAGCUCAGCAACCAACAGCAUCUACAUCCACAGCUUUCUGGAGCAUCUGAAUGGGCUAGUGAGGAAUCUGAGCUGUGAGGUCUUUGAAAAAUACACUAAGUGCAUCUGGCCCUCGCAGGAAAGGAACCACUCUGAAGUAUGGAUGACUGUGCUGAUGUUUCCUUAUGGAGUCAUGUGGGAAAUUCAUUGCCCGCCAGAAAGUAUGAGCAAAAACUGUGAACAAGACAUCGAGGAUCGCUCUAAAGAGGCCUAUGAGAGAAUUCAUCGCUCCAUCGAGGUGCUGAAUGAGUUUCAGAUCCGUGAGGGGAAUCUGCCUCCUUUGCACUACAAAGCUGGGUCACUUCUGGCCUAUAAGGUGGAUCAUUGUAAGCCAGGGUUCGGUAAAAUUAACACUACAGACGGGUGUUCCAACUGUUGCAUUGCUUGUUCCCCAGGGCUGUACAGCUCACUGAAUACAGUCACAUGUGCCACUUGCCCCCUGGGUUCUUACAAUGAGCAUUAUGGGAAGACAGAGUGUGAGACCUGCACAAGGAGCUUGGUGACCUAUCACAAAGGGGCUACAUCCAGUGAAGACUGCGUCCCUGCCAUCUCGCGUCUGGUGCUGCUGCUGUGUGUAUUCACCUUUGGAGUCACACCAUCCAUCCUCUUUGUUUCAGUGUACAUUGUCAUGCGAUUGUUUUUUCCUCGGACAAAGUUGGGCAAAGCCCUGCUCCACAAGGAGCUGGAGUUCCUGCACAAAGUGACUCUGUGUGAUGGGAAUACAUCUGAGAAGCCAGGCGAAGAAUCCAAGAGACCAAGGAAGUGGGAAAAUUCGUCCCAGCCUUUCCAAGCUGCCCCAAAUGCUGUGGGGCCAUUCCCUGGGCCAGAAGCUCCACCACCAGAGAUUGAAGCCUCACUCUGGUCCUAG